AUGGCUGAUAACCUUAAUUGCAGCAGCGGUAACGUCUCCAGUGCGCACGAGGCGUUUAGUUUAUCCGAUGGACACUUUGCGCUCGUGAAAGCUGCAGUUCUUGGGUCCAUUUUCGUGCUGGCAACAAUUAGCAACUUAUUCCUCCUCCAUGCCCUCUGGAAAAGACGCAAAAGACACACCCGAACGCAGCUGUUUCUUCUGCACCUGUGCCUGGCUGACCUGGUUGUCGCUUUCUUCCAAGUCCUGCCGCAGUUAUCCAUGGAGAUUACGCACCGGUUCAAAGGCUCCGAUCUGGUGUGCAGAUCAGUUAAAUAUCUUCAAGUGGUCGGGAUGUUUGCGUCCACGUAUAUGAUCGUGGCCAUGACCAUAGAUCGCUAUCACGCGGUCUGCAAACCCAUGGUGUCGUUCUUCAGGGGGUCUUUCCGCAGGUAUGUUGCCAUAAGCGCCGCCUGGCUCAUCUCACUGGCGUUCAGCGCUCCGCAGAUGUUCAUCUUCUCUCUCCAAGAAGUUGAGAAAGACGUUUUCGACUGCUGGGCGACAUUUCUUGAGCCCUGGGGCAGCAAAAUAUACAUAACGUGGAUCACUUUAUCCGUGUUUGUCCUUCCAGCCGUAAUCUUGAUGUAUUGUCAGAUAAAGAUAAGCGCAGGGAUCUAUUUCAACAUGAAGAGGAAAGCCUUGCAGGGCAGCACAGGUGAUGGGCGCUCCAGCACUAAAGGGAUAUCAAGCGCAAUGCUGAAGACUGUCAAAAUGACUUUUAUUAUCAUCCUGGUGUACACCCUCUGCUGGAGCCCAUUCUUCGUGGUCCAGCUCUGGUCAGCUUGGAGUCCAAGCAGUGCACCCACACAAGGGCCAGUGUUUGUCACUAUCAUGCUCCUCGCCAGUCUUAACAGCUGCACAAACCCAUGGAUCUACCUGUACUACAGCUAGAACCGCACAGACAACAAGGUCCUGCUGCUGAAGACUGCAUGAAUAUGGCCCCAUUUUUUAAU